GAAAUGUAUGCUUUUUAUAGGUACAAUAUCAUAUUACAGUACAUAUUUUCUAGACGAGCUUGUCCAGGCAACAGCAGGCUUUUCUCUUUCAUCUCAAUACUAUACCCCUACUAAAGCUAAGUAAUAUUUCUCACAGCAUAAUUUCAUCUUUUAAACUCGACUUUGAUAGUUCUUUGUUUGAAGUACAAAAAGUUUUAUCACUAAUCAAUAUGGGUCAAUACUGGAUUCUCAUUAACUUUGACGAGUGGGUGAUGGUACCUGCGAGAGGCAUGAAAACGGGCCAGUUUAUGGACUGCCUAGAUGGAGUCCCAGUAUUAGAUUUACUGACGGUGCCCGAUUUGAAUGACGCUCUAUCACCUGAGUCAGAGCUUGCUAGAACACGGGAAUACAACGUUGCUAGUCGUCUAGUGACUCUUCCACAGGAAAUAUUUGACGCUAUUGUCGACGAGCUACCCUACGCAGAAGACAUGCUGAGAUUGGCAUUGACGUGCUCCUAUCUAUGGAGGGUUCUUCUACCAGACGUGAUACAAUCCAUCAGGGCUUUUGAAGCACCAUGGGCCGGCGACCGCCUGAUCUUUGUUGGAGACCAUGCUCAAGGGUUCCCUCCAAACUGCAAAGACUACGAAAAUGGGAAUAUGCCUGAAAUAGAAAUAGACCCAGAAAACGAAAUUACUCCGGAAAUGGUACACAAAAACCCCUUAUAUUACGGCAUCAACAGGUGUAUACGCCUGCCACGGGGGUCUAUGGAAGAGCAAAUGAAGGAGCAAAUUGGAGAUUGCCCCGACAUACAACUUCUCCUACGUCUAGCGACCAUGAUUCGGAGUCAUCCUGGCUCUAAGCGGCCCGGGGUUUUACGAAAUUUGACGAAGCAGCAAUACGUUUUAGAUUCAAAGCUUGCAGAGUCCAAGUACCCAGUCAGUCUAGUUGAAGCCAUCGUAGUCCGAACUCAAUGGACUCGGGAUAUCUCGGAUGCUGAUGGUAUAGAUGAUUGGGUAGGAGAUCGCUUCGAUAUUCGGAGCAUCGAGCAUAUACCAGAGGGGUGGACUGAUGUCAGCGAUGAGACAAUCGAUCUCAUAGGCAACGCAGUGAUCCAUUCCACACAGGGCCCGACCAUGGAACACGAUAAGCCAACUAGCCGCCAAGUAGAGUAUGCACGGGCGUGGGUUAAAUAACUAGUACGUUAAACAAGGACGGGAUGUUUUCCUACCGAGUUUUGGAGCGGAGGACAUUUUUCUUGGAAUGGAAAGUCCACGGGUCAGCCCCAAGCACACGUAGUGGCAAGACAUGGGACCGUUAGAGUAGACGGGCGGGCGCAGCCCGCCCGUCUGCCAGAGGGAGCGCUCCCAGUUUGACAGA